AGAGGAAACGGGACCAUGACUUAUGCUUAUCUCUUCAAGUACAUCAUCAUCGGGGACACAGGUGUGGGGAAGUCAUGUCUCCUUCUGCAGUUUACAGACAAGCGGUUCCAGCCUGUCCACGACCUCACAAUAGGUGUGGAGUUUGGGGCCCGUAUGGUCAACAUUGAUGGAAAACAAAUCAAACUGCAAAUCUGGGAUACGGCUGGGCAAGAAUCCUUCCGUUCAAUCACCCGUUCCUACUACAGAGGAGCAGCUGGAGCCCUGCUGGUGUACGACAUUACAAGGCGUGAAACCUUCAACCACCUGACCUCAUGGUUAGAGGAUGCCCGGCAGCACUCUAGCUCCAACAUGGUUAUCAUGCUGAUUGGAAAUAAGAGUGACUUAGAGUCCCGUAGGGAUGUGAAGAGAGAAGAAGGAGAGGCCUUUGCUCGGGAGCAUGGUCUUAUAUUCAUGGAAACUUCAGCUAAAACAGCCUGUAAUGUUGAAGAGGCCUUCAUUAACACAGCCAAAGAAAUAUAUAGGAAGAUCCAGCAGGGUUUAUUUGAUGUCCACAACGAGGCAAACGGCAUCAAGAUUGGUCCCCAACAGUGUAUUUCAACAUCAGUGGGAUCCAGCACCUCCCAGCGGAACUCUCGUGAAGUAGGGUCCAACUCUGGCUGCUGCUGAACAUCUGGCCUGGACUCUUUUUUUCCUUCCUGGAACAACUUCAGAUCAAUAGGCUUAAAGAAAGAGGUCUUACUUGCUUUGGCUGAGAAAAGCCUCUUUUCAAGGUGUGAUGUUUUGCCUUUCCACUUAAAGACCAGGGGAGAAUUUGGGCCCUUACUGACCUGUCCUUCUUCAGGGACGUGAGCAUUCCCUAUAGAUUAGGGCUCUUCUCAUCCUCCUAUUUUAAUUUCUAGCGUGUUAGAAUCAAAGUUGAUUGUCAUAGUAGUUCAAAAUAAAUAAAUUCUUUUAUAAGCAUUCACAAUCUGCUCCCCAGCAAGAAUUGGUGACAAGGGUCUAGGACAUUCUGCCUGAGCACUUGAGAUUCCUGGGAUCUGGCUGGCCUUUGGAUGAUAGAUCCUUUGCCUAGGAAUUUCAUUUGAGUUUUUUCACUUGCCACUUGUAAGGGUUCUUGCAGAAGGCAUUUCCUUCUAGUUGAACUGCUCAAGGAUGCUGAAUACUUCUCUAACAUCCCAUUGCUAGUUUCUCUCUUUUGGAGUAACUACAAAACUUUCGAGAGCAGUGGAGUUGUUCCUGGCCCUGUGGCCACUUACUAUCAUUACUUAAAGAAAACAGUCCUUCCCUGUUCAUUUUGUUUUAGGGACCAGAGCUAACACUGCAGUAUCUUACCCCAAAUAGACCCCUACUAUUUCAUCACACUCACUUCUUAACUAGAUCUAUUUAGACUUUCUACUCUAAUCAAGCUAGUUGGCUUACUGGACAUGACAUAUUUACUUCUACUCCUAUGCCUUUGCACAUGCCCUACUCUCUGCUAACAAUACUCAGAAAGUCCGAAAAAUUUUUCCUUCAGAAAGCGUUCUUUGACUGACCUAGGGACAUCUACACAAUUAUUGACCCAGUACUCCUUAGCUUUCAUAUGUUGUUUAUUCAUCUGUGUAUUUAUUUGUAUUUAUAUUACUUUGUAAAUAUGUUUUGUAGUUAUGUGGAAUCUGUCUCCCCAUAUAGGUUGUAAGCUCCUUGACAGUAGGAACCAUGUUAUCCCCUAACUUUUGUAAACCUCUCCCUCCACCAUUCCUUUAGUGCCUAGUGCUACUCAUUAUGUGAUCACUGAAUUUGACUGACAUACUUAAAGACUUAGAACAGGUUUAUUUUAGACUGCAGAGGAAACACAAGGCUUUAGAGUCAUCUCUUUGUAACUCUGUCUCAAUCCCUUUCAUCUGCUCACCCUGGAUUCUUAAUUGUUCUCCUUCUCCUCUCUCCCUUCCCUAGCUCCUUGCCUCCAUUCCAUGCAGCAUACAGUAAGGCUGCCUGUUUCCAAGCAGUCAAAAAAGUGGGUACUUCUCCAACCAUUCUCCUUUUCAAGAGUGUAUAAUACUAGCCUAGCCAAAUUUGCCUUUGCUUUACUCAUUAUGCAGCCUUCUGGGUCAGUUGCUAUAUCUUUUUGCUCCGAUGUCCUGUUCUCUUCCACAGCACUGAGGUCUUAUGAAUUUUUCUAAUUUUUUUGUUGUUGAUGAAUUGUUUCAUUAUUAAAUAUAUGCAUGUAU